GUUUGUAACGAUUGAUCAAAACACACGCAAAAGAAAAAGAAAAAAAAACAUAAAAUGUUGGGUGAUUUCUUGGCUCGAUUCCUUCUGAUGAUAUUUGGGUAUGCUUAUCCUGCGUUUCAAUGCUACAAGGCGGUGGUGAAAUCCCCAAUUCAAGUCCAAGAGCUUCGAUAUUGGUGUCAAUUUUGGAUCAUUGUGGCCAUUUUAACCAUUGUUGAGAGGAUUGCUGAUGCUUUUGUGGGAUGGUUCCCCAUGUAUGGAGAAUUGAAGUUGGCUCUCUUUAUCUACUUGUGGUAUCCAAAGACUAUGGGAUCCGGGUAUGUAUUUGACACGUUGUUGAGGCCCUUAGUUGAUAAAAAUGACAAAGAUAUUGAAAAGAUGCUAAAGGACUUGAGAGUAAAGGCUUGGGAUUUGGCCAUUUUCUACUGGAACAAUUGCACUGAGUUGAGCCAAUCUGCAUUGCUUCGAGUUGUUAAUUACAUCGCUUCUCAGCGUCAAAGCAUUCCUUCUACGCCUAUACCUCCAUCAAAAAAGCAUAAGUGA